GCAGCUUCCUUUUUGGCUCCCCUUUUAAAACCCACCUUUCCUCACUCUCACGCUUCAACUCUCACAACUCCUCCCUUCUUCACUCUUCAUUCAGUCCAAUACUUUGAAAGUUUCUGCCUUUCUCAGUGUUGCAAUCAGAUGGGUUUAGAGGCUCUUAAUUCCCCAACAACUGCUGCUGCUCCUUUUCACUCCCAGGAUACUGCCAAUCUACACUCCAUCAUCAAACGCAAACGUUCCAAGCGACCGCGAGUUGCCACCGAGGAAGAAUACCUCGCUCUCUGCCUUAUCAUGCUUGCACGCGGCCGUGCUCCAGCCGCACCCCUUUCGACUGACAAAAAACGUACCUACAAAUGCAGCGUUUGCAACAAGGCGUUUCAUUCUUACCAGGCUUUGGGUGGCCACAAAGCCAGCCACCGUAAAGGCAACGCCAACGAGGAGCAAUUAUCAACGUCGAUGACCACAUCUGAUUCCUCCGGUGCAGUUACGUACUCGGCCGCGUCGAACCCGAGUGGUAGGUCCCAUGAGUGCUCGAUAUGCCACAAAAGCUUCCCAUCAGGCCAGGCCUUGGGAGGCCACAAGCGACGCCACUACGAAGGUGGGGCCGUGAAAAGCGGUAGCGGCGUGACGACAUCUGAAGGAGUGCGAUCAACCUCGACAAAUACCGUGAGCCACGGCAGCGAACGAGGGUUUGACCUGAACCUCCCGGCUUUGGCGGAAUUCUCACCGGUUCAUUUCUUUGUCUCCGGGGGUGAUGACGAAGUGGAAAGCCACACCCUGAUAAGAAACCAUGUCCGUUGAUCCGGAUGCCAUCCAAAAUUGAAGUCAACUAAGGUUUUAGGCCAGAUUCGAUGUAUUCUUUCUUGUACAUAGCUCAUGGACGACUCGUCAAUUAGUUUAUGGAUUAUGAUCUGUCUGUUUUGGUUUCAUUUUAUGCAUUUUUCACGUGGGGGAAGAAGCUAUUAGGAUUAAAGAGUGGCUUCUUAUUCAAUGGAGUUGAUGUUUUACUCAUUUAAUUAAUAGUCAGUGCUACUAUAAUAGUUUG